UGAGUAGGCUUUGCCACACACUUUGACCUAGGAACACUCUGAGUCAGUGCGUGAGACAACACAGGGAUUCCCCUAGAAAACCGGAGAUAAAUCAAAACAAACGCGAUGUACGAUAGCUGUCCCGUGUGCCUGGGCAGGCUGCGUCGGCAGGUGAAGACCCCGUGCAAGCACACAUUCUGCAAGAACUGUCUUUGCAAGGUCUACAGACAGAGUCCCACCAAGGCGUGUCCUCUCUGCCGGGCGCCCUUGGAGUACUAUAUCAGCAAGCGGAACAAUACAAUAAAACUAGUAUUCUUUUCGUAGGGACUGUCAUCAAAUUCCUAAGUGAUCCACAGAGUUCUUGUGUUUUCUUGUUGUGUUGUCUGUUUUAAAUUUGUUCGAGUUGGGUUUAAUUUUAUUUGUUAAUUAAAGGAUACUAAUUUAUUCAAAGCGAAGCUAUUGAAAGCCAAAGCACAUUUUUUGAAGCCUCCAUGCUAAGAAACUCAAGUAUAUUCACAUAGUGAUAAAAUAGCUUGACUUAAGCCUUCAGGGUCUUAUGCAGCCAAGUACAACAAUCGAUUAGAGACCCGGCCUCGUCGUCUUCCUUUCUUUUUUCCCCCCUUUCUCGCUCAAAUAUUCCAUGCACAUAUUGCAAUAUUGAAUGCUCGGCCUGCGGCGGUACAAGGAAGGGAUGAGAGGAAGGACACGCCCCCACUGUUCCUCGGAUAUCUAGGAUAUAGAUGAUGAUGAUGGUCGUGCUGCACAUACAGCACGCGCACAUUUCCACAUAGAGAAUAAAAAAGCGUGCACAACUAUAAGGGGGGAAAUAGAAUAAAACUCGCAAUGACAAGCAAAGGAUUUCAAUCGCUAUGCGGCUUGGCUCCACUUAUAUAUAUAUAUCUUCCGAUCCAUGUGCUUUAUGCUUCAUUAUGACAGGGCAAGGCCAGCGAAAUAGUGGACAGGCAUUGCGCAUACGCCGCGUUGUGCGACUGCCAGUGCGAGUGCUCAGCGAUGCGGAAUCGGAGCGGCAGUAAAAAAUCGCUGCCGUAAAUCGAAUAAAACUGCAGCAAACGCUAUUAAAUUUUUUCCGCUUUACUCCAACAACUGCA